AUGAAUGGCUUCCGAGUGCUCAACUUUGCACUGUUCGCGUUCUGUUUUCUCUGCACCCUCGAACAGUUAGAGAGUACCUGUGUUUUUGAUUCCGAUUUCGGUCUCAUCCUGAACUGUGCCUUCAAAAAGUCCGGCCUCUUCCGGGUGCGGAACUUAGGCGGCAUCAAGGCUCACUUCGGGUUAGGCUUCAGCGUCGGUGACGAGCUCGGGUUGGCCGAAUCGCUCGGUAAUGUUGAGGCGAACAAACGACGCGCCCUCAACAUCCGCACCGGAGCCAACAACAUAGGCGUCCUGCCAGCCUCCAAAAUGCCGACAUCUUACCCACCCCUGCCAGCACCCUUGUCUCCACACCCAGGAGCUCCCCCAAUCCAGCAAAGCCGUCCCCAAGCCGUAACGGUGCGUUCUUCGGCGCCAUUGUUGGCUAAACCUUUGCCGAAGAUCCCGUCCUCACCAUCCUCACCCGUGUACGUGUCCCCCGCGGCCAGUCUGAUGACGAAAGCCACCUCCCUGCCUCUCGGUGUUCCACCCUUCCGGCCCAUCCCCAAACCAACGCCCGAAACCGAGCCGGUGAGAUUCGAUCCGUCCGUGUUGCGCCGAAACUUUGCCCUCAAAACCGCCCAAACGCCCGAUCCUUCCUUCCAGAGUUUGCUGAUGAAUCAGACCUCCUCCUUCCACCGUGGUGCCACCCGUGGUCCCUUCCCGUCCCCUCCCAACCAGCAGAUCGUCUACAAGGAAGCACCGAGUCUGCAGGUGCAGAAAGUGCCCGCGUUCCAAGCCAUGCCCGAAUCGGUGUCGCGUAUCUCGACCGGUCCGGUCGUGCAGGUUGACAACAAGCUCCAACCGCCCGCCAUCAAGAACUCCAUCAUGAGCAUUCCACCCCGUCGGCAUCCGCCCAAACCAACGCCAACACCCACCGCAGGUUCCGAGCACGGUGGGGACGAGAUCGACCUGAUGGGUCACACGGUGGAAGAGCUCGCAGCAGCGGCCAACGUGAGUGUUGAGGUGAUCAAGGAGGCGAUCCGCGUCCGGCAGCAGGAACUACGCGCCCAGAAGCAGUACGAACAGCAACAGGCCGCAUUCGCCCAUGCUCAGUUCCUUGCGGCUCAACAGACGGUGACUCCGGUGGCGACAACGACCACCACGACGACGACUACCCAACGCCCAAGGCGCUAUCCAACGAACGCAGGCCAUAAGGUGAUGAACGCACCGAAGGAGUACUACCCGGUGGGGUAUGACAAGAAUUUUGACGACAAUUUCACCUCCAAAGUGGACCUGCCCUACACGACGUUCAACUGUGGCGAGCAGAAGCACUUCCCGGGACUGUACGGUGACGAGGAUCUCGGUUGUAUGGUCUUCCACGUGUGCGCUCUGACGGACGACGGGUUGAUUAUGAAAUCGUUCCUCUGCCCCGAAAGCACGCUGUUCGACCAGACGGUGCUGAAGUGCAACUGGUGGUUCUACGUCGAUUGCAAGAGCAGCAAGAACCUGUACGACUCGAACCUGCCCGUCUCGAAGAGCUACCAGCUGAUGAAGGCGCUCUCGUUCUUCUCAUCUAACUACAAGAACCCGGGUGACUCGUCGGAAGGCGUUGACGUGGAAGCGCUCAAAAACAGCGUCGCCACGGCCGUUGCCGUCGGUGGAUCGGCUCGCUCACUAGAUAGUGUUAGCAGCAACAGCAUCGCUGGUUCGACUGGUGAACGAUUCCCGGAUCCUUCCGACAAGGAACGUUCGCGCAGCAGCAACAGCCAAAGCAACAAUGCAACGCUCACAUCCACACCGAGCAUUCGCAGCAGCAACAGCAGCAGCAGCAGCAACAACGACAACAGCAAAACAACGACAUCAACGUAAAUGGAAAUGAUUUGAUUUCCUCGCCUCGGGUUCGCGUGGUGCUAUGCCACGCGUAGGAUGUAAGCCAAAUGGUUGUGUUUGCCGGGUGCGGACUCGAGCGAUGCGAACGUCAGCAUCGAUGUGUUUGGUUGUUUGGCGCAACGUGACAAGAUUGGAGAGUGAAUUAAGCGAACAGCAGCUAUCGCUUCUCAGCAGGUGCUUCAGGAGUAGCUAAUCCGGUGGAAGAUACACACGCGGGCGUGCGUUUCCCUGUCCAUUACUCAUAGUACGUUGAUUAUUGCCCGUUUCGUUUGUUCUCGCAACCGCUCAAGUUCAAAUGUUGUAACGGUCCUGUAUGCGCCUGGGCGGUAUGCAACCCGCACUACACGAUACCAAACUUUCCACGAUGCGAUGGCUCGUAUUUCAAUUACAUGAUAUUAAAACGCUACAAGGACGAGCUGGCUGGGGGGAAAAAUCACACACACACACAGCUUCACACACAUACAAGCAAACAGACUCCUUUUCAAGCGCAUCCAGCAAACUUCCGCCCAGUGAACGCAAACAGUUGCGUUGGCUUAAUCACUUGAGGUUACGCUCGCAAAUUACUAGUUUACCAAUGCUGCAGCACCCGUUGGGAGGCUGUAACUCGCACACCAUUAAAGUCGCCAGUGUGUGAGCGAAAGAAAGGAUGUGCAGUAACAUGUAGCAUAAGUAUUUAUUAAACAGCAAUCCCGAACAAACUGCAACCAUCGCUUGAAAAUUGCCAUUCCUGUGUGCUGUUUCGAGCGUGAGUGUCGGGAUGUGGUGUUUGAAGACUUUCGUUACGUUAGAUUGAGAUGAGGAAAAGUGCAGCAGCUUUUCCGACGCGUGUUUUGUUUUUAACGAUAGGGUGGGAUUUGUUUUUACGUUGUUGCGUGCUGCAAGAUUGCGCUAAAUGAAUGACUCAGUUGGAUUAUGCCGGCGCUUCGGUCGGCUAGUAAAUAUAGUGACUGUUUCUCGGGUAUUCUGGCAACCAUCGGUGGUCCUGCACGGUGGUCCUGCACAGCAAAUAGGUAAGGUAAAGCGUGUUUAUGUGCGCCGUUUGCUCCGUGCGAGGGUAACGCGGUUUUCUAUUCGAAUAUUUAUUUAACUAGCGGUAUAAGGUACAUCCAGUGUAGAACCUAAUAGAUCUAGACUCUGGUAGCAUUAACUGACUAACAGCGCUCUGCGACAGCUCGUUCAGGAGAGUUACUCGUGUAGAGGCAAAUAAAUAAUCAUUGCAACAUUAAAUCAACUCUAUUACAUCGUCCUCGCUGUCAGCAGACGGUUGAGACUGCUCGUCCUUAAAUCCACAGCUCUUUUGCGACUGUUCAAUUACAUCAUCGUAAAUAAUACAUGAUAAACACACCUACAAUUUGCUCACUUAGAAACGAUAUAAGCUGUAAGGGUUUGGAGAUCGAUGCGUCAGGAUAGAGCUAAACGUUAGCAAAUUUCUUCCAUUUGUGUCGCUCGGUAAUAUGUUAGUUGUUUUAAUGUAAACGCGAUUGGAUGAAAUCGAAUAAUACGUGUGGACGAAGGAUAAGUCUUUAUAGCGAAAGGCGCGCGCUGUGAGGGAUGCGCCAACGGUUGUCGGAAAGACAAUUUGUACUCAUCAAGUUGACUAUUGCUGAUAAAGUAAAU